CGCUACUUGAGCUUGAACGUUCGAACUACAAUUGAAGCGCCCAUAUAACACACGCUCGAAGCUAUUCAUAAUCGAUGGGUCACCUGUCUAAUGGUACCAGCUACAUGAGUAGUAGCAUUGAAUUUUUCACACCUCGACACUACUGAGGCCGUUAUCGCCUGUUAAUCGUCUGGUUAUCCAAGUAACAUCACACUGAUAAUAUAGCACAUCAUGGAUCAUGGAUUGCAAGGAGUGCAUGUCGUUGUUACAGGGGCAAGUGGUGGCAUCGGGCUAGAGACUGUGAAAUUGUUUUGUGCAUUGGGGGCGAACGUAACCGCACAUUACAACUCCCAAUUUGGUCCAAUCCAGGAGCUUCUGGCAUUGAAUGCCAAUCUUCAACAUGUCCAGGCGAAUCUGUCUCAAGAGGAUGCCGUGGUGGCUAUGUUCGAGUCGCUAUCUACUAUGCCUCAUGGCCCCGUACAAGUGGUGAUCGUCAACCACGCUAUAUAUCCCACUGCAGAUGUCCCAAUCGCAAAGAUGACGCUGGACCAAUGGAAUACCACCAUGACUACGAACUUGACGUCAUCAUUUCUGGUGUGUAGAGAGUAUCUGAAGCACCUUGGAAGUGCAUCCUCCACUAUCAAGGAAAAGGCAGCGAUCGUGCUUAUCGGAAGUACUGCCGGAAAGUAUGGCGAAGCCAAUCACGGAGACUAUUCUGCAACAAAGAGCGCAAUGAUGUAUGGUUUGAACCUUACUCUCAAGAAUGAAAUCGUGAAGAUAGCCCCAAAAGGCAGGGUCAACUGUAUUGCGCCUGGCUGGGUCAGGACACCCAUGGCUGAAGAGGCCUUGAAGGAUCCUCAAACGGUGUAUCGUGUAUUGUCUACGACUCCGCUUAAGAAGGUGGCCAUGCCGAUCGACGUCGCGAUGCAGGUCGUAGUCCUUGCAUCAUCCACUCUCUCCGGUCAUGUCACUGGUCAAGUAGUGAUGGUUGAAGGUGGAAUGGAGGGGAGGUUGCUAAACAGACCGGAAGAUUUGCAGGGAUCUUAAGCUGGAUUUUUUCACGAAUGCCUUGUUCGAAUUUGUAAGAUAUAGGAGAUGAUGAAGUGCUUGAAUUCCGCACAUGCAAAUACUUAUUACUAGGUGAGAGUCUCGAAGUGAAUUCUUGCCGAUUUAUACUCUCCGCAAGUUGAACCAACUCGGAAGAAGCGGUCCCUAGAGUCCCCUAUGCGUCCGUCAU